UAUAUAUUCAUAUAUGUUAUAUUAUUAUCAAAAGGACAAGAUCCUAAAGAUAAUAUAUAUAUUCAUAUAUAAGCACAUCCGCUUCUUUGCUGUUCGUUUCGAGUGCUCCCAUCGAUAGCAGUAGUGACAUUGAUUGAGACAGUAGUGUACUGAGAUGAGAGAGAGAGAGAGGAAACAAAAAGGCGACACCAUGGCAAUAAAACGUGAAAGGAAAGUCUCUCAACAUAAAGAGCAUACUAUGGCCUCACCCCUUUCUUCUUCUUCUCCUGCAAAAAUAUCGAAUCUAUCUUUGUAUAUUUGCUCUUUUCACCUGAUAUCAUUCAUUCUUUUAGCUUUUGGCACCUACACCGACACCUUCGAAAUUCAGUACGGUUGGAAUACAUAUUUUGGUAAAUUUAAAUACCUCACAUACUGGAAUAUAUGGAUACAAACGUUGUAUUUUGUCAUUUCUUUACUGUAUGACCUCAUGAAAUGGCGAAGCGUGAGUAAAUGCGAUCAAAACAAGGUAAGACAGCUGCAGAUUGUCAUAGAUCACGUUCAUGCUACUAUAGUUUUCCCAGUCGGAAUUUUUGUGGUGAUCACAUUUUGGUUAAUUUACCAUUUCGAUCGCGAGUUGGUGUUUCCUUCUUUCCUUGAUGAAAUCAUUCCAGGUUGGUUGAACCAUAUUUUGCACACUUUACCAUUGGUCCUUCUCUUUUUGGACAAGUACCUCGUCCCUCAUUGUUAUCCUCCCAAACUUCGUGGAAUUGGUUACACAUUCUGCUACACUAGCAUCUACGUGGUAUGGAUCCUUUUCCUGGCCUUCGCUAAAGGUAUAUGGGUUUACCCGAUCCUUCAAAUCUUAAAUAAUCAACAGAGGUUUGUCUUCAUAAUUCUUCUAUGGUUGUUUGGAAUCAGCAUUUACCUAGUCGGAGAUGGUUUUUCCUGUUUCAUGUGGAGGGCUUCACCCCAACCCACGAAGACCAGAAAAAAUAAAGUCAAAUAAAUUAACAAUUACAUAAAUUGAAUGACUGUUAACAUUCCAUACAUACAUACAUAUACACACACACACACACACACACACACAUACAUAUAUACAUAC